UUUCAGUUGGCGGUUGUUUGAAUCUGUGGGGAACCCCGAGUUUGGACUAUAUUCCCACUCCUAUUUGGAAAAUCAAGAUUCUUAAAGCCGUAACUCGCCCGCCAAACAGACCCAGGCAAAGGAGGUAUGUCAGUGUCCAGGUUAGAAAUCAAAUCUCAAACUCCCCAAAAUUAGCUUGCAGCUAUGUAAAUAUCUAGAUUUGCGGGUCACCACAUUUGUCAACAGUAAUAAAAACUGCGUUCAAAAAGAAAUUUAAUGACCUAAAUAUCUCUAUUUAGGAAAUUUUGUUUCCUACAUCGUUUGGAACUUUCCAAAACCCAGAAGACAACGAUAUUCACAUGUGUGUAGCUACGAGGGCUUGGUGCCACCGUCCCGAUGCUCACUCACCCCUCGAUCCUGAGGAAAUCAGGCAUCUUGCUAGUGUGAGACGAAGAACCACUCCAUUACAAGAUCUCCUCCGACCCAGGAAGCCAAGGAGUCAGGGCUGAAAGGCAGCUCUGCAGCUUCACCCGAGUCCUUCGUGAAAACGCAGCCUUCCCACCGGUUACAGUGCCCUCACCCGAGGCCCAGGCUACGGCUGCCUUCCCCCAGCCGAGCCCGCCAGGCGGCUCUCUCUGCGGGACCCAGGCCAGAGCGGGCGCGGGCGCAGGCGCGGAACGCGGCCUGCCGGCGGAGCCGGGCAUUCCCCGCUCUCGCUGGGCUGGGACAGCGCCCGGCGGCUCGGUUUCACUCCCGGGACAGAAUGGGGACACGGGGCAUGGACGUGGCCUUCCGUUGGGACCCGGGAACUGUCUAGGGUGCCUGAGGGGGAGCUUGACGUUUCCAAGGGGAGGUCGGAAAAAACACCCCCAUGUCUGUCAGCGGGCUCCCUGCCCCGCCGCGGCCUCGGCGCUCCCGGCAGCCUUCCCUCGAAACGCCCUCCCCACACAAACACACACAAACACACCCAUACCGUGCGCCGCAGCCUCGCGUGGCGGGGUGGGAGAAAAGGCGGCGGCUUCCUUCCGGGCCGGAAGUCGUGCUCCCGAGAAACGCUUCCUUCCCACGGGCGACUCCCACUGAGCGGGCUCGCAGGCCGCCGGGGAGGCUGACAGGUGCAGGAAGGAAGCCGGCACUCUUCUGAGAGGGAAGCGGGACGGCCCGGCCGAGGAGUCUGUCCGGCACAGGAGAAAAGGUCCCGGAACUGGAUAUAGAGACACAGCUCUACUUUGCAUUCCCCGGACCCAAUUAGAUGGUGUACCGGACCUGGUUACCAUGGUAACAGGAGUCGCGGUUUGUCUCCCAACGGAGUGAAGAGGUUCUAGAGCCUAUCUCAUCUCCAGUCAUGAGGGCAUCCUCAAAGGGACUUCUCACCCAGAUUUCUCAGUUCUGGAAUAUGCUCGAUGAUUUGGCUGAAAAUGAUCCUGAGCGCUACAAGAACUUCAUCGAGCAGGAACUGAAGGACGGAAAACAGCUGUGUGUCGACCCAGAACCACAUCUCUGCCUACAAACCAAGAUCCUAAAACCAAAAGAAAAAGUACUUUUUAUCAACCUGUGUCAAUGGAAAAGGAUUCCGGCUCCCCAGUCAGCCAAUCAUCCUGUACCUAUAAGUGUUGGCAGACCAGAGGAUUUCUCUGAGGCAUCAGGUUCAUAUACAGUCAUUGAUGUUGCCUACAAUCCUGGUGUUCUGCAAGCAGCAGAAAAAGACCAAGGGAUCAAAGAUCAGUUAAUAAAAAUGGCCAUGCAUUGCAUCGAGGAGCGACUCCAGUUCACACUCGCACAUUCAUACCAUGUUACUAGUUUUAGCAUAAAAGGAAACAUUCAGAGAACCAAGGAAAAUCUGACGGGCAUUAAAACUGACUUUACAGGCUUCAAAGACAUAAUGAAAACAGAAAAUACUCUUGAAAUGAUCAGAGGCAGUACUGAGAGUGAACCAAAUCACCUUCCUCAGGUGCUACUGAACAAAAAACAAGCGUCGGGCAAAGGACGGUGUCUCAUAGAGGAGAUUUCUAGUUCAGAAAUCCAGGUGGAGGUUAAGAAACCAGCCUAUGAAUUAAAGGUUGUGAAGGAUCAGAAUGAGAAACCUCUGAAAAUUGAACUGAAAAUCGAGUUACCUGGGAUUAACUCAGUAUCUCUCUGUGAGCUUAGUGUUUCUGAGGUUGAUUUAUUGAUUAAGGUCUCUGAGAAGUACCGAUUAUACCUGAAUCUUCCAGAAUCGAUUAAUACAGAAAUGACUACAGCAAAAUUUGUCAAAAAUAAGUCUGUAUUAUUCAUUACAAUGCCACUGGCAUAAAAGCAGUGUAUUUGUGGUGUUUUCAUUGCUACAGCUCAUGUCAGUUAUAGGACCUACA